AUGGAUACAAUAGUAGUGGAGGAAGAAGAAAAUAAUAAUAGAAUACCCAUAGCUCGUCCAUCACCUACAGGUUUAACAGAUCGACCAGUUCCGUUAGAUUUUACAGAUUAUGAAGACAUUUUUGAAGAAUGGUUACCAGAACCAAUGCCAGGACAAAAACGAAAACUAGGACACCGACGAGAUGAUCCGCCUACACCACCACCAUUACCAAGACAACCUCCACCUAUAAUACCAAGAAAAACAUUACCACCAAGAGACAAUAAUAUUCCAUUAGUCGGAGGAUCACUUCAAUCAUCACCAAUCUCAGCUAAGAACAAUAAUAAGAAUCAGAAUAAAAAACAACAACAACAACAAUAUUCUUUUAACACAUUACUUCCAUUAGAAAAACAUAUUGAAAUAGAACAAAUAGAAAUGCAAUCACCAAUUCAAAAAACAAUUAAAGAACCAUCAAUUAUAAUAUCACCCUUACAAAAUUCAUCGCCUCUACAAAAUUCAACACCGGUACCACUAGUAAGAUCACCUUCAGUUGUACCAAAGAACAAUAUCAACCUACAUAGUUCAUAUAAUUUUGAGAUCAUACCUAUUGAAUGCAAAUAUUACUUCAAAAAUAUAAGGCAAAGAUGUACAUUUGAAACUAUAAAAAUUCAUCAAGAAUUCCUUGAAAGAAAAGCAAAAAUAUUAGAAAAUGAUAGAGAAAAUAAGUUACAUACAUCAUUUCCAGAACAUCAAUGGUCACAAAUAGUUUCAUUCGUAAAAAGUAUUACUGAAAAAAUAUUAGAAAAUAAGAAGCAAAAUGAUCAAAAACGAUUAGAUAAUCUAUUAUUAGAUCAAAUGAGAGAAAAAGCUACAAGAGAGAUCAAUUAUAGAGCAACACAAGCACAACAACAACAUGUACGAAUUUUACAAGAUAAAUACAAAAGAACAUUAGAUCUUAAGCUCCAACUAGAUAAGUUAGAAAUAAGAUUCAUGCAAAACAUGCCACCACCAUCUCUAAAUAUAUUUGACAAAUUACAACUAUAUGCAAAAGAAUUAAGACCAGAAGAUAACUAUUUAAAUUCGCUCAGAGAACAAUGGAAGAAUAUACUUAGAAGAGCAAAAUUAGAUUUAACUACACUUAUGAGACAAGCGAAAGUUGCAGAAUUAGAAAAAGCUAGCAAAGAAUACGAAGAAUUAUUAAAAGAACUUCCAGAACACUAUCGAGAAUCAUACAAUACUCUAAGUCACGUAACACAAAUAAGACAAAAUCAAUUUGCAAAGAAAAAACUGAAUUUUUUAGAGAAAAGGGCGUGCAUAAUGAACGUAAACUAA